UGCACGCGGUAGUUCCUCACUUCCUAGAUGAAGAUGGCGGAUGAGAAUGAGACAGCACCGAAGCCGGAGAAAGAGGAGGAGGUAGAAGAAGACCAUGGACAUUGCAGCGAUUGUGAAAAUGAAGAGCACCACUUUGAUGACGGUGAAAAGGGUCUGGGGGAUGACAGUGGUGCCAAGAAGAAGAAGAAGAGACAGAGAAAGAAAAAGGACAAGUCUGUAGUCCAAGAGGCAGCACAGGAUCCCUUAGCCAAGGUGAACUCACUGCCAGCUGAUAAACUGCAAGAGAUCCAGAAGGCCAUUGAACUAUUCUCUGUGGGUCCCGGCCCUGCCAAAACCAUGGAGGAGGCUACCCGGAGGAGCUACCAGUUCUGGGACACACAGCCGGUCCCUAAGCUAGGGGAGAUGGUGACAUCGCAUGGCUCUAUCGAGCCUGACAAAGACACCAUCCGGGAGGAGCCCUACAGCCUUCCACAAGGCUUCACCUGGGAUGCCCUCGACCUGGGAAACCCUGCUGUGUUGAAGGAACUGUACACCCUUCUGAAUGAGAACUACGUGGAGGACGAUGACAAUAUGUUCCGCUUUGACUACUCUCCCGAGUUCCUGCUCUGGGCUCUGCGUCCCCCCGGCUGGCUGCCUCAGUGGCACUGUGGGGUGAGGGUGAACUCCAACCAGAAGCUUGUGGGAUUCAUCAGUGCCAUCCCUGCCAAGAUCCGCAUUUAUGACAUGGAAAAGAAAAUGGUGGAGAUCAACUUCCUUUGUGUCCACAAGAAGCUGCGCGCCAAGCGGGUAGCGCCAGUUCUGAUCAGAGAGAUCACCAGACGAGUCAAUCAAGAGGGCAUUUUCCAGGCAGUCUACACUGCUGGAGUAGUGCUGCCCAAACCUGUGGGUACCUGCAGGUACUGGCACCGUUCCUUGAACCCUCGCAAGCUGAUCGAGGUGAAAUUUUCUCACCUGAGCCGGAACAUGACAAUGCAGCGUACCAUGAAGCUGUACCGUCUUCCUGAGGCUCCAAAGACAUCGGGCUUGCGACCAAUGACCAGGAAGGACGUGCCGGCGGUGCAUCGUCUGCUGCUGGGGUACCUGAGCCAGUUCCACCUGGCCCCCACCAUGAGCCCGGGGGAGGUGGAGCACUGGCUGCUGCCCCAGGAGAACAUCAUAGACACCUACCUGGUGGAGAACUCUGCAGGAAAGGUGACUGAUUUCCUGAGCUUCUACACACUUCCCUCCACCAUCAUGAACCAUCCAGUCCACCACAGCCUGAAGGCAGCCUACUCCUUUUACAAUGUGCACACCGUCACCCCCCUGUUGGACCUAAUGUCUGACGCCCUCAUCUUGGCCAAGUCGAAAGGGUUUGACGUCUUCAAUGCACUGGACCUGAUGGAGAAUAAGACUUUCCUGGAAAAGCUUAAGUUUGGUAUCGGAGAUGGAAAUCUGCAGUAUUAUCUGUACAAUUGGAAGUGUCCCAGCAUGGGGUCAGACAAGGUUGGCUUGGUACUGCAGUGACAUCCCCGUCUGCCUCUCAGUGCACAGUGUCCCAGUUAGGCCAGGACACCACACCAAUGCACUGAACACCCGACCGACGGCCUGAUGGCCCCUCCUGUUCCAGGAGGGGAACCCCACCGCCCAUUUUUACUUUAUGACCUUUUGAACUUUGACCUGCACUACUGCUGCCAGGCAGGCAGGGAGGUGGGGGGGAGACGAUCCUCCCCCACACUCUCUCUCCCUCCCAUCCCAUGGACCUUAAGCCAUUGUAGUUACCAUCUCAGACAGCUGUACAACAUUGAAAGGCUGUCAUGAUUGUACCAGGUGCAAACACACAAAUACACAGACCAGAACAGUUACUAUUUACCACCUACACAUUUGUGUACCCACAAAACAUAAAUGUAAAUACAGCAAAGUAAUGCUAAUACUCUUCUGAAUCUAACAUUUUUUCUUUUUCCACUCCCAAUGGAAACGGCUUUUGCAGUAAUAACCUGUCAUCAAAUUUUAAAGAAAAAUAAAAACAAUCAAAAAAGAUUUCAAAAGCAACGGGUAAAAUACAGAAGGUGUAAGAUGAUAUCCAAAAGAGGAUUUGAGACAAGGGCUUCUGUUUUGAAUCGGUUUCCUCUUUCAGUUAAAGCUUGAACCUGCAGAUUUGCCAUCAAUCCCUUCUUUUUCUACGUGAAUAGGUUUUCUGGUGUCGAUUCAGCACCCCUGACUGACUGAACUAAAAGAGUUGGCUUUCAUGUUUUUGAAUGCUUUUUCCUCAUCUGUACUAACUUUGUGACUCACUAUCCGGCUUGUUACACUUACAGAAAACCCCUGUUCUGAAGAAAAUAAAACAAUAACAGGUUUUGACUGUUUUUAUUAUAUUUUAUACAUGGCAGAGAGCAAAUCGGGGUUUGCUGUGAAUAGAAACAGUUUAUAAACUGGAUAGGAAUGGGAAUAUCUUGAGUGAAGAACAGGAGAAACAAAAUAAAACCUACUAGAUUUCGAAUGUGGGGGAGGGGACCAGAUUAAGUGUCUCUUAAAGUUGAGUGUUAGUUGGACUUGCAAACUGAUGUGGAAAACGGGUAUCAUUGUUUUAUGAUGCAAGAAAAUGUGAACAUGCAGGUGAUUUUGUGCAAAAUAAAAUAUAGAAGUUGCCAUGAA